AUGCGGCAAACAGAGGGGACGCCCACACGCACACGCCCCAUCCUGCACAUCGGCCGCCGGAUGGAUGGCAUGAUGGAGAGAGAGGGCGAGCGAGCGAGCCGCGUCCCCGUCCGCCUCGUCGCUACGGCCACUGCAAGGCUCCAAGGGUCUGGUCCACCCGCAUCCCACUGCAACACUGUCGGCCGUCGGUCGAGGCCGCCCGCCGCGGUCCCAACGCUGGGUUUUUCCCUUUAG